UGCAGGUGCUCCACAUUUUCAAUAACAAAGCUAGCGUGACAUGAAUAUCGGUGGCAAUUGUUUUGAGCACUUCGACAGCAGGUUAUGAACAGACAGUUCAUGAAAUAUCUAGAAUCUGAUUUUAGUGUCAUCAAAUAAUUAUCAAGCAACCUUUAUUCUACUACCAACUUCCUUCAAAGACAUAAAGUGAUGGCAGACUGUCACAGUGAAGCCGAGAUCCCUCUUAAACAGCUCGAGGUGGACGGCGAACCAAAGGUGCAGCCUUCGGGAAAACUGGCGGCAUUUCACGCGUUUCCUGGAUUGUUCUUGAACAAAACUAAGCUGAUAGUUCUUGCUGUUUUGCUCUUGAUUCUGCUAAUUAUAAUAAUUGUCCUGGCAGCAGUACUAGGUCACGAACGAGCGAAGGACAGGCGACAAAUAACACCUCCAAUUGAAAAAGGAGAAAAAGAAGAAGUUGGUCCGACAUCUUUUGGUCCUACUACACCCGGUCCAGAACCUUGGUGGAAAAUUCGCCUUCCCAGAGAUGUCAAACCAUACCACUAUGACCUCACUUUACACAUCGACUUAAACAAGCCUCAUUUUAAAGGAGCUGUGGCUACCUGGGUCGAUGUGUUGAGUCCCACGCCCUAUGUUCUACUUCAUGCUGUUGACAUGAAUAUUACCAAAGUUGAAGUCCGGAAAGUUUCAGGAGGAGUCCUGGAGAUCAAGCGAUACUUCAUGUUCGAAAAGAACCAAUUUUUUGUCAUAGAAAUGGAGUCGCCACUGGAAAAGGAUCAAUAUGUCACAACACUGGAAUUUUCAGGAGCAUAUGUAGAUGAUAUGAGAGGAAUGUACAAAGCGUCCUUCAAAUACAAGAAUGGCACAGAAUCACUUUUCUCGGCAACUCAAUUUGAGCCGCUGAGGGCGCGCAAGGCAUUUCCAUGUUUCGAUGAGCCUGCGAUGAAAGCCACCUUUAAUGUGACUCUCGUUCACGAUCCGGGUCUAAUUGCAUUGUCCAACAUGCCAAUCUACCAGAGUGAAGUAAAGGAUGGCUGGAAAUACGACCGCUUUAACAAAACUGUCAAGAUGUCAACAUAUCUAGCAGCGUUUGCUGUGGGUGACUUCAAGUAUAAACAGACAAAGACGGACAAUGGAAUUCAGAUCAGGAUUUACUCUCGAGAGGAAGCUCUUGAUCAGGUGGACUACGCUUUACUAGUGUCAAAUGAGACCAUGACGUAUUUUGAAGAAUUCUUUGGUGUUACCUACCCGUUACCAAAGUCAGAUGGGAUUGCUUUGCCAGCAUUUGGACCUUCAGGUAUGGAAAACUGGGGUCUCAUCAAAUAUCGCGAAACAAAAUUGUUGUUGAAGGAAGGAGAAACGUCGUCAUCGUCCAAAGAAGGCAUCGCAAAACUAGUCGCACACGAAGUAGGGCAUCAGUGGUUCGGUAACAUCGUCACCAUGGAAUGGUGGACUGAUCUUUGGCUAAAUGAGGGUUUUGCAAGUUACGUCAGCGCUAUUGGGAUAGACCAUAUUCAUCCUGACUGGAAAAUUAUCGACCAGUUUAUCGCUCGAGCAGUGCAAGACUCUUUGGAACUUGAUGGAUUAGCAAACUCUCAUGCCGUCAGGAUUCCUGUUGAGGAUCCUAAAAGAAUCGGAGAGAUAUUUGACGCCAUUUCAUACAAAAAGGGUGCGUCAAUUCUAUUGAUGCUUCAUUAUGUUUUGGGGAACUCCAUAUUCCGCGACGGACUAAAGAGAUAUCUCACCAAACAUGCCUACGGUAAUGCUGAAACAAAUGAUCUUUGGGAUGCAAUGACGGAGGCUAGUACAGCUGCUGGAAAACGAACAAACGUGCGAGACAUAAUGAACACAUUCACACUGCAGAUGGGAUACCCUGUAGUUACCAUAGCAGCGUCCGGUAAACCAAAUACAUAUGAAGCAACUCAAGAUCGCUUUUUGUAUUACAAAGAUCCAAGUGCAAACUAUUCAACCUCCCCAUAUGAUUACAAGUGGGUGAUUCCAUUUACCUAUUACAAGGGAGAUAAGAAGUCCGCCAUUCCUCCAAGCGAGACUAUACCCCUGAUAAUAGACGAUAAAUCAGGUCAAUUAAACUGGGAUGGAAAUGGAUGGAUUAAAGGAAACGUGGGACAGACUGGGUUCUACCGAGUUAAUUAUGAGGAGAAGAACUGGGACGCCUUGGUCGAGCAGCUGCAGUAUUACCACAAGGUUUUCAACGCCACAGACCGCGCUGGGCUCAUAGAUGACUCCUUCAACUUAGCAAGAGCCAACCUACUGAAUCACACGAAACCGCUGAGUAUAUCAAGUUAUCUGACCAAAGAAGAAGACUAUGUUCCCAUGUUAUCGGCAAUGAGGAAAUUUUCAAAAAUACUGGAAAUUCUGCCUUCCACAAGACCAACUUACAAAUAUGUACAGAGAUACGUGGCAUAUUUAACAAAACCUCAGUACGACAAACUUGGGUUGAAAGACCAAGGAACCCUUUUGGAAAAAUUUCAAAGAACUCUUUUAAUUGACGCUAAUUGUGCGGCUGGUGUUCAGUCAUGUCUGGGAAAUAUGACACAAAUGUUUCGACAGUGGAUGGAAGAAAAUAAGUCAGUACCACCAGAUCUAAAGUCUUCGGUUUAUCAUUUUGGAAUAGUAACAGGUGGUGAGAAGGAGUGGGACUUUGCCUACAAUCAAUUUAAGAGUACUGAUGUCGUAUCAGAUAAGCUUAUACUUCUCCAAGCUAUGGCAGGGUCUCAGGAACCGUGGAUCAUAGAAAGGUACUUGGAAUACGCCUUGGAUCCUUCAAAAAUCGGGCCUAGCUACCUUUCUUAUGUCAUGCAUUACAUUACUGACACUAAUGAGCUCGGAGCAAACGUGGCGUGGAAUUUCUUUCAGUUAAAAUGGGAAAAGAUAUCAAAAGUAUAUGGUGGUCCUUACAACGCUUUACGUCGCCUUAUUUCUUAUGUAUCCAGAAGAUUCUCUACAGAAUUUGAGCUACAACAGCUCCUUAAUUUUGUGAACAGCGUGAAUAAAGAUGGACCCACGCCAUGGAGUGUUAGCCUCUCAAUUGAAUCAGUCAAAAUAAACAUACAAUGGAGGAAAACCAACGAAAAAGACGUGGAAAAUUGGUUGAGGAAUUUCUUUUCUAAGGCGGGGAAAAAUACUGACGAUGGAUUUAGUGAGCCAGCAUAGUAACCGAAGGACGGGAAGGACUGGGCACUUUUUUUGUAGUAUGAAUAUAAAAAUUACCACGCCACAUUUGUUCCUAUCAGCUUGUGUAAAUUCUACACGCUUUGUAAGAGUUGUUACGCUAACAAAUAAGUGUAAUGUUCUCUAAAUUUAUUCUUCUUUCUUUUAGUAUACAAUAUGGACGCAUCACAAAUUGCGGGUCGUCGACAAAAUGGUCGAGUUCAAUUUCAGACUUGAACUGAAUUGAAUUGGAGACUAUGAUUUAACCAUGACAAAACUAACAGGAUCGAGGAAUUUAAGAAAUAACAGUACAGGGUUAAGCCAUGCGUCAUAUAGGAUUGCCAGGAUUACAUUGUGUUGGUUAAAUCUAAAACCUCCUUUAUGUAUGACUUAAUAAAUUUGCCCUUUCCGAUACUUGUAGGCCGAACUAUCUAUCGUUUUAGUUGUGUAGGUAUAGAUGCUUUCAUCCACAACAUUUGUUGAAAAGUUGUGUUGUCUUCAGAUCAAAAUGAUACUGGGGAUAAGUAGGAAUUUGCUUAGAGCACUGACGUCAUAGCUGACUGUUAUUGGAAUAAAAUUUACAGUGUACUUUUAAAAUAA